ACCGGCUGCCCUGCCUCCAGUCUGCAUGUGAGCACAGGGUAGAGCAGACACACGGCAGCAGGAAGGGAGGCCACCAUCAUAGUGCAACAAAGGGACGCAUGAUUCCUCCAAGGCUUCACAUAAAUAAAAGAUUGAGGGGCGUCUCGUUUGGAAAUCCUUGCAUUUGUCCUCACCUUGAAGAGUAUAAUAGCACAAAACAGUCAUGGAACUGGAGCAUUUUGACGAGCGGGACAAGGCUCAGAGAUACACUCGAAGGGGUUCAAGAGGAAACGGGCUUCCCAGUCCCACUCAUAGUGCUCACUGCAGCCUGUACAGAACCAGGACACUGCAAACACUGAUCUCUGAAAAGAAGGCCAAAAAGAUUCGCUUCUACCGCAAUGGGGACCGCUACUUCAAAGGGAUUGUCUAUGCCAUAUCUUCAGAGAGGUUUGGGUCUCUAGACGCUCUGCUUGCUGACCUCACAAGAUGUCUGUCCGAUAAUGUCAAUCUGCCUCAAGGAGUAAGAACCAUAUAUACCAUAGAUGGGGUCACCAAGAUUGCCUCUAUGGACCAGCUGGUGGAAGGAGAAAGUUAUGUCUGUGCAUCCAUUGAACCCUUCAAAAAGCUGGAUUACACUAAAAAUGUGAAUCCCAACUGGUCACUUGGUGCAAAAACAGCUGCGUCUGUCCGAGAUCCUCCUUUUCUCUGUAGCAACAAAGCCGGAUCUCCAGAAACCAGAGAGAGCAAAGAUUUCAUCAGGCCAAAACUGGUUACAAUUGUUCGCAGUGGAGUCAAACCCCGCAAGGCUGUUCGCAUCUUGCUCAACAAGAAAACUGCUCACUCUUUUGAGCAGGUUAUGACUGACAUAACAGAUGCCAUUAAGCUCGACUCUGGAGUGGUCAAAAGGCUGUACACCGUUGAUGGCAAAAUGGUGACUUGUCUUCAGGACUUUUUUGGGGAAGAUGAUAUAUUCUUUGCCUGUGGCCCUGAAAAGUUCCGCUAUCAAGAUGACUUUAACUUGGAUGAAAAUGAAUGCAGAGUGGCGAAGUCCUCCUCAUAUGGACGAAUAUCCUCAUUGCAAGGUCGCUGUUCCCCUAAAAGUGGAGGCUUUGUCCGCAGAAGCAAGUCCCCCUCAUCACCUGGUUCAGUGAAUGGCAACGCAGGCAGUCAACUGUCAACCCCUCCCUCUGGGAAAUCUCCAAGCCCCUCUCCAACAAGCCCAGCAAGCCUUAGAAGACGGCAGGGAUCACCCCACAGUGGCUCCUCACUCUCAUUGGCUUCCUCCAAAGUCUGCAGCUCCAUGGAUGAAGAUGGACCCGGGGUUGAAGCCGAGACAGCAGAUGAGUUCUCCUCUGUUCCUGCCUCCAUCGCAGAAAGGUACAAAGUGGGGAGAACUUUGGGGGACGGGAACUUUGCGGUGGUCCGGGAGUGUGUGGAGAGAUCCACUGGAAGAGAGUACGCUCUCAAAAUCAUCAGCAAAGAGAAAUGCAAAGGAAAGGAGCACAUGAUACAGAGUGAAGUAGCCAUCCUCCGGCGUGUGAAACAUCCAAAUAUAGUUCUUUUAGUGGAGGAAAUUGACUCCCCCAGUGAGCUCUAUCUUGUGAUGGAACUAGUUAAGGGGGGGGAUCUCUUUUAUGCCAUCACCUCCUCCAAUAAAUACACCGAGCGAGAUGCCAGCUGUAUGCUGUUCAACCUGGCAAAUGCCAUCAAGUAUCUUCACAGUCUGAACAUUGUUCACAGAGACAUCAAACCAGAAAAUCUGUUGGUGUUUGAGCAUCAGGAUGGAAGUAAAUCUUUGAAAUUAGGCGACUUUGGUUUGGCGACCAUCGUCAACGGACCCCUAUAUGCUGUGUGUGGCACUCCUACCUAUGUAGCACCAGAGAUUGUGGCUGAAACUGGAUAUGGCCUCAAAGUAGACGUUUGGGCUGCUGGGAUCAUCACUUACAUACUACUCUGUGGAUUUCCUCCCUUUCGCAGCAGUGAAGAUGAUCAGGAAGCUCUCUUUGAACAGAUUUUAAAAUGCCAGUUUGAUUUCCCCACACCCUACUGGGACAAUGUUUCAGAUGCUGCCAAGACCCUCAUUACGAAGAUGCUGGAGGUUUCAGUGGAUCAAAGAUACACAGCUGCACAAGUGCUCGAUCACCCUUGGGUCAAUGGUGAAGGUGUGGAUGGAGUGUCAGAGAAAGAGCACCAGCUCCUAGUGGCUGGAAAACUUAAGAAGCAUUUUAACUCUGGACCGAAGAGCAGCAGCACUUCAGCGGGAGUUUCCGUGAUCACAACCACAUCACUUGAUAAAGAGAAGCAAAUUUUCAGACGAAGACGCCACCCGGAUGUGAAGCCCACUUUUGGCCUCCCACAGGACAUCGAUGACCCUGUCCUGUCCCCCGCAGACUCUGAAGACUAUUCCUUAAGUUCUGGUGACACUGUCCGCUCACCCACUUCCCCGUUUUAACCACCCUUCUGACAGCCCUGAACCUGGGAGAGCUGCGAUGGCACAAAAAGUAAUCAAACAAGUGGCACAGUCUACUGACUGCAGAAAUUUAGUUUUUUUCACAACUUGGGUAGCAGAGUUUGUAAAUGCAUAUUGAAUGCAGCUUUCUUUAUGUUGAAGCUCUGUUGACUGACUUUUAUCUUACAUUGCUUUCAAUGCUGCCCUUCCUCUCAGCUUUUGUCAGUGUUUUUGUUAUAGCUCCCUCAAAAAAGUAAUUGAGCUAAAAUAAGAAAGGUUGGAUUAUUCCUCAAAUGCUAUGCCCAUAUUUAAAUGUUAGAACUUGUAUUUUGCCAACGUCUGUCUAUUAUUUUCUUCUGAUGGCUUACUUUUCCAAUGAAAAAGCAUUUAAGCCUUUUAAUUAUUUAUUCUUCUAUGAAAACACCCGUUCUUGGGCCUUAUUUAGUACCCUGGCGACCUCUGGUGGUUAAUCUGCGGUACUGCAAGAAAAUGGCAUUGAAUUUGGUGCAGUCUGCUUACAGUUUCAGUCAACUUUCAUGUAUGAUUUUGACUUAUGUAGUUCACGAAUCUUGGGCACUGUGUUUUUACAGACAUAGGCAAUAAAAAAACUAACGCUGCCACAUAACCUUUCAAAAAGAUCCUCUUUCACGAUGGCUUAUCUCCAAAUACCUUGGGACACAAAAAUGUCUGAUGGUUGUAACUAAGGAUUAUUGGAAAUGAAGUACUUCUUGUUACAUGUCUGUGAGAAUGGCUGUGAUGGUGAUUGUAAAAGUAAAUAAUUGUCAGUGUAAUAGUUAGUAAACAUGGCCUUGCCUUGGCACACGUGGACUUCAAGUGCAAUUAGGAGUUUUGUUCAGCGAGCGCAUCAUCAAAAUGCGUCCUGUAAAUCCAUGCAUGACUGAGAAUGUUUCGACAACUAGAAACAGACUGGGGUGACUGGUGAAACAUUUACAUUCUCCCAUUAAAAUGAGAAUUUUAGUGUUAAUUCAUUAGUGCUUCCAACCUUUUUUAUUUAUUUUUAUUUUAUAUCUAAACGAGGGAAGAAAGGCAACCAUUUCUUUUCACCAUGCACUUGUUUAGCUGGCCAGAUACUCACAAAUGACACUGAACUCCCCUUCAGAUACUGUAUGUGACCUGCAUGCUUCACAAAGAACACAGCAUCUGUUGUUUGGAUAUUUUACUGUUGGAUACACACAAAUCCCUGUCGCCAUUGUCUGCUCUGUCAAUAAUAGAUAUCAGUUCUGGUAAACAGGUGUGUUCCUGGAAUGAAAAUGUGUCUUUGCUUUCGCUGCAAUGUAAUUUCCCAUCGUUGUGUUGUAAAAGGGCUUUUUUCUUUUUAAUUAGGAGAGGAAACACAAAGCACAAGGGAAGGAGUUGCUUAUCUAGGGAUUUUUGCUGAAACCGUCCUAGUUUUCCUUACCUGGAAAAUUUGCAGUUUUUAAAUACAUUUUGAAUCGUGUUGAUGCUGGAGUCAAUGACAGAGAAUAAAAAGGUUUCUUUUUUCAUUCAUCCUUUCAAAAAUGUUUGUAACCCUUGUGCUAUCCUAGGCACUUUACCACUGGGAGUUGGGUCAUCUAGACCCACUAGACAGUGCACUGAACCUUUUUUCCUUCAAUGAUUUAUGAUCUUCACUGGUGUCCAUGGAUUACAGGAAAUCUUUCCACCUUUAUCCACCUUUGUCAUGGAAGGGAAAACAUGUCAAUGCAAGGGUGGGGUCAUCUAAGAUAGCACAAGGGUUAAAUAAACGCAAAACAUUCAAGUUCUUAAUUUGUAACAUAUACUCUGCAAAUAAAAAAUAAAAAACUGAGAACCAAA